CCUGCCUUUUUAAGGGGCAGCCAGACCACCUUGUGCCUUCAUCUUCACAUUUUCUAAUCGAAAGUGACCUCUUCCUGGUAGCAGGAAGAAUGCUUGGCCAUUCCUUUCUUCAUGGUGGACCAUGCCUUGCAGGGCUCAGCAGAGCUUUUGUACAUGUUCUGUUUGGUGGCUCACAUGAUACUGCCACUAUACUUUUGGAGGACUGCCCUGAUAUUGAUUUGAGAGAAACAAUCAACCUGCUUAAGGGGUCGGAUACACUGGAUGAGAACCAGCGCAAUAAAGUUUUGGAACUUUGUUUGUCUUGGGAUUUUCCUGGUCCAACUGAAGAGAACAGACGUUGGCUCUAUGAACGUCUGCUUUCACAUGCGGUUCUCAGGAGAAGAACACGCCAAAUGAAGCAAAUCAGACAAGGACUUAAGGAGACGUUGCUUUGGCCACUUCUGACUCAAAGGAAUGAUGUCAUGUUCUUUCCAGUGGAAUCAGAGGACGUUUGUUCUGCAGAGAUGCUGCUUUCUCAGAUAUCCUGGCCUGCUGCAGAUGAUGAUGAGGAAUACCCAGCUGAAACAACCCAGUGUAUCAUUGGGUACUUGAAGCAGUUCAUUAAUACAGCAUCCAGCAAAGAGCGGAAGGACUUGCUGAAGUUCUGGGUUGGAUGGGAGAUUGUGAAAGAAAACCUGUCUGUGGAAGUUGUUAGAGGUGAUUUCCCAAGAUCCUCUACCUGCUUCUGUAUACUCCGUUUGCCAGGCCACUACAAAGAUUAUCACUCCUUCAAAAUGGACCUAAUUAUGUGCAUUGGGACAUGCAAGUAUGGAUUUGGGCUUGUCUAA